CCUAACCUAUCUCAAAGACUACUGACGCCCUCUUUGUUUUUAUCAAAAUAAAUUUUUUGGGACGACGAUGUGUUUUGCAAUAUUUUCCUGCGGCCACGACGAUUUUAGCCAGGACAUCGCGAAUCUCACAUGACGAAAGACGUCGUCUAGGAGGAUGCCGAGUUGGAAAGUUUUCAACUUUCCGAUGCUCUUACGAUUAUUCACGAGACUGUGAGUGAGAGAUUCAACUUUUUAACGAUUGUCCUAGGUCAUGAUUAUUUAGCAGUAGAAUUAUGUAGCUAUAUACAUUUGUUUCGAAUCCUAGCGAUAAUGGGUCAAAACAUGACUGCCUAACUUUCUAAAAGUUUGGAGACUCGAAGUAGCACAAAAAUGAUGGAAUGUCCAUCAUGCGGCAAACCUACUAUCAAUGCGAGUACAAGACUGAUAAAAGAUACAUGUGGACAUACAAAAUGCCGCUUGUGCCUGUUGCAAGAAGAGAGUGGGUGCACAAUAUGCAACACUCAAAACUUGGAACAGACUGCUCCACUUAUUGCUGCUAUUAGCAGUUUUGAUUAUCUGCAGCCAAGCAUACCAAUGCCAACGCAUGUAUCACUUGAUUCCCCAAUCAAACUUCCCGUGAAUGAACUUCCACAAGUUAUUGAAUGCUUGGAUGAGCCAUUCAAUGUAAAAUAUGUGAUAGAUAAUAAUACAAAUAACGAAAUUUAUAAGGAAACGUCGAGUGAAAAUGAAAAGUAUUAUGAAGAAAACAAUAAACAAAUUUACAAUGAAGCCAGGCAAAAUGUUCAUCUGGCAUUCGAAUCAACAGAAAACGUUUUAUCGCACAAUGGCUUGUCUGUUCAAAAUGGGCUUACAAUUACAAAUAAUAUAAAAAACGAAAAUAUACACCGAAAAGAUGUGGAAACUCAAACUAAACAAAGCAAUGAAAACUCUGACGAACAAACAGAAACUGUAAAAAGCUUAGUUGUAAAUACUGUAAACAAAGAAGUGGCCACUAAUCAAUCUAAUAUCACAUUCGUACUGCUUAUCGAUAGUAAUAGUCCAACAAGAAAUGAUAGUGAAAGUACAGUUCAAAUAACUAAAAUCAACAAAAAUGAAGAUGAAAACGAAGAUAAUAAUUUGCCUCAUAAAACGCCUAAUCAACUGGUCAUGUACAAAAGCCCAGAAUUUAGAAUGUCUGAUUAUUUGCUAUUCAAUAAGCAAGGAGAGAGUCCUGACUAUGUAUUGGUUCACAAAUCAGGAGAUGUUGAAAAUGAUCAUCAAUUAAUUUUAAGUCCGGCUCAUUCUACUGCUUACAAAAGUCCAGAAUUCAGAUUAUCAGAUUAUUUAAUAAUCAAAAAUCGGAGUGACAAGACAACUUAUGCCAGGUUAAUUGCAAGUCCUAUUGAAUCUUUUGAUAACAGAGUCUCAGGUAGCAGCACAGUACAAAGCAAUGGGAAUAAGGCUGGUGACUCCCUUAAUAAGGACGACGAGGAUAAAGAAAACAAAAACAAUUCUAUCAAAGAAAAAGACACUGGAAGUGACGAUGUCAUUGGCGAUCAUGAGAAAAAGAAUCGCAAAAAAGGCGAUAUACAAACAAAGUCCAAGAAAACGAAAAAAAGCGAUACGCUCUCGAGCACUCGUAAAAGUACUAGAAAGCGAAAACUCACAGCUGCUGGAAAGGAUCUCGAAGACGAGGUGACGAAGAAUACAGCCGUCAAGCGAAGAAAAAAGAACACGGACUGGAGUCAUAUAGUCAAGCUUCCAGGAAAUCCAGUCUCGUACGAAUGCACUAAAUGCAAAAGAAGCUUCAGAAAUUUCCAAAGCAAAAGCUAUCACGUAGCCUGUAUACUUGGAGAGUCUCCGUUCUGUUGCGAAAUUUGCGGCAGGACUUUCAAGAAACGUUCUCAUUUCGAGUACCACGAGACGACGCACUCCGGAAAAAAGCCUUUCAUGUGCCAGGACUGUCAGAAAGGAUUCGCGACAAAGAGCAAGCUUGAUAGACACAUGUUAAGCCAUAAACCGCAAAAUGAAUUCGAGUGCGCCGAGUGUGGAAAGAAACUGAGCACUAAGGACAACCUAAAAACUCAUCUGGCUCUGCAUCGCAAUCCCUCAUUCAAGUGCCAACACUGUCCAAAGACUUUCACACUCAAAAUCAAUCGCAAGCGUCACGAACAGUAUUGCUUUCCUAACAAUAAUCGAUACACGUGCGAUGUCUGCUCGAAAGUGUUUCGAAAGGAUUAUUUAUUGGGACAGCACAAGAGGAGACUGCAUCGGAAAGGCAAACCUUACAGCUGCAAAGUAUGCCAGCGCGUUUUUUUGAGCAAAUCUGAAGUCGCUCGACACGAGACUAUUCAUUCAGAUGUGAAAGCGUUUUACUGCGAACUCUGCGACAUCAAAUUCAGGCGCAAGGACAACUUAAAACGGCACGAAAAUAAUCAUCACUCUAGUCCGUACGAAGUAGGGUAUGGAAACGUCACACCCAUAAGCGUAAAAGAAUACGUCGUCGCGCCGAGUCCAAUACCAAAGGGUCGAAAGAGACAGGCUGUAGACAGCUCAGAACUUAGUCCCAAACCAAAAAGAACGCCAAAGAAAGUCAAAAGCAUGGAUUCUCCAAGUAAGCUCAAGGCAGCAUCGUCAGGAGAUGUAAGCAACGCAGUGCCGGUUAUCAGAGGUCCGAUCAGUAUCAAAUUUCCUGAUGGCAGCGGCAAUAUCACGAAAAAGCUCACCGAGUCAUUAUCGCUAGAGGCAGCCAUAGUGCUUAACCAGCAAAUUGAGCAGAGGGUGCACGCACAGAAUUCGUUUUGUAACUUUCCGGGAUUGUCGCGCGGAAAUAAUUCGCCUGUCAGCACUCGCAGGCGAGACAGCUGUAACAAUAAUUUGAAUUCUAAUGAUGGAGGGAGUCCAACCAGUAAUGAAGCUCAAGACAGAUCGAAACAAAAAAGUAGGGAAGAAGAAUUCAGCAUGCAGCACUGGCGACGGCGAACCGCUGAAUUUUUGAAAUCAAAGAAGAAGUCCUGAAUAAGGUUGCAUUUUACGCUUUAUUAAAUAAAAAAGUAAUGGACCGUUUUUUAAAGCAAAACAAUGAUAUCCAAGAUCAAGAAGAGAUAUUUUUUAAUUAAGGAAAAUGUCGGGCAUAAGAACACAUUUCUGUUUUGUUGAUUCUUCAUACAAUUGAGGGUUUUGAUAAAAGAUAUUUAAUCUGUCCGGUGUUAUCCCACACUUUCCUGUAAGUUACAAUGUGAUUUUAAUUUAGAUUUUUACAAAUAUAAAGUUUUUGUAACUUGAUUGGGUUGAAAUAAUCAAAUGCAAGAUGUCUAGUUUAAUGAAAAUGUAUUUAAAUGUCAAGAUUAUAAGCAACAAUGAGUGUAUAAUUGUCUAUGAUAUUUUUAUAACCAUAUUGUAUAUGUAUAUAAAAAUGCCAUUAUACAUAAAUUCAAUGAUCGAACAUCAAAGUUAUAUUAAGAAGAAUAUUGAAAAUUCCGAGAUACAAUAAAAUGAUAUUUUGUAAACAUUUUCUACAUUCAAAUAAUUUUUGUAUGUUUUCCGAGACUGAACACACUGUAAAAAUAUAAUAUUAACAUAAUUGAUUUGUAAUUCAAAAUUGUAUAAAAUGAAAUGGCAGCAUAAUUAUAAAUAUUUUUUAUCAC